UUACUAUAAAAACAAACAGAGAAAUAGAGAGUUAACUCACCAACACAAACUCAAAGCAUUCCAAGUUUUUCUACAAACCAAAAACACACAAAGCUUUAAGAUAAAACAAAACCGAAAAGAUGUUGAAAUCACAAUCAGUCAUUACUUUACUCUUCUUGACACUAAUUUCUGUUUACAAUCCGAUUCUUCUUGUGGCUGCAGUUGUUCCUGUUGGAGAAGGAGAACCGGUUCUUGAAAUGUAUAUGCAUGACAUUUUGGGGGGUAGUAACCCGACAGCAAGGCCGGUCACAGGACUGCUAGGCAACAUCUACAGCAGUCAAGUCCCUUUUGCAAAGCCAAUCGGGUUUAAAACCCCAGACGAUGCAGUGGCUCUCCCCAAUGCCAAUGGUGCUAUGCCUACUGUCAAUGGUGUCACUGGCCUUCCUCUCGGAACAGGGUUGGCUGGAACAGCUUUCGCGGGAAAUGUUAACAACCAAAACACAAACAACUUACAGAGUCAAUUGGCUGCUGAUGGUUUGGGACUUGGGUUCGGGACAAUCACUGUUAUUGAUGAUAUACUCACUACAACUCCUGAGUUGGGAUCCCAACAACUUGGAAAGGCUCAGGGUGUUUAUGUCGCCAGCUCUGCAGAUGGGUCGAAACAGCUUAUGGCUUUCACUGCCUUAAUGGAAGGAGGAGAGUUCAAUGAUAACCUUAACUUUUUCGGUGUUUAUACUAUUGGUACUACUUUGUCACAGUUGUCAGUAACUGGUGGGACUGGUAAGUUUAAGAAUGCUUAUGGGAUUGCUGAGCUCAGACCUCUCAUACCUCCUGGCCAAAUCUCCACAGAUGGAGCUGAAACUCUGCUGAGAAUUACAGUUCAUCUCAAGUACUGAAUAGUGAAAACUUUGUAGUCAAGUGAGAGAGAUUCUUCUUUGUUUGUUUGGUUUGUGUAGAUGUGAAUGGAGAAGGUUGAUCAGUGUGUUCUAUGGAUGAUUGUAUUUGUUAGAGAGUCCAGUCAGUGUGUCUCUCUCAGUCUUGUAUUCCUAUCUUUAAGUAUUUUUAUAGUGUUUUGUGUAAUUCAAAAUUUAAUGGAGAUUAUAAUAUUUAUAUAUGAAAAAUCAAAGAUUUGAAA